UUUACCUAGAAAGCCGCGGGCGGGCGGGGAAGUUCUGUCCGCGCUCGGGCGGGUACACUAUCCGCUGGGAGGUCAAGCCAGACCCAGGAAGUCUCUCCAGAACCCCGAGUGCUGUGUCCAGAUUCUGCAGGGAAGGUUUGCUGGGACCCUGGUCCCACCCUGCCAGCGGAAUGUCGGCCACACUGGAUCUGAAAUCGAAGGAGGAGAAGGAUGCUGAGCUAGAUAAGAGGAUCGAGGCUCUUCGGCGGAAGAAUGAGGCCCUCAUCCGGCGCUACCAGGAGAUCGAGGAGGACCGUAAAAAAGCUGAACUCGAGGGAGUAGCGGUGACAGCUCCCCGGAAGGGCCGCUCAGUGGAGAAGGAGAAUGUGGCAAUGGAAAUGGAGAAGAACCUGGGUCCCUCCCGGAGGUCUCCUGGGACCCCUCGGCCCCCAGGGGCCAGCAAGGGAGGCCGGAUCCCCCCUCAGCAUGGAGGCCGGGCAGGCAUGGGCCGGGCAGGCAUGGGCCGGGCAUCCCGCAGCUGGGAAGACAGUCCCGGGGAGCAGCCUCGAGGAGGAGCUGGGGGCCGCGGCCGGAGGGGUCGGGGCAGGGGGUCCCCUCACCUCUCUGGAAAUGGAGAUGCCUCAACUGCCGACCGCAAAUCCAAGGAGUGGGAGGAGCGGCGCAAGCAGAACAUUGAGAAGAUGAACGAAGAGAUGGAGAAGAUUGCAGAGUACGAGCGCAACCAGCGGGAAGGCGUGCUGGAGCCCAACCCAGUGCGGAACUUCCUGGACGACCCCCGGCGACGCAGCGGGCCCCUGGAGGAGCCUGAGCGGGACCGUCGGGAAGGCAGCCGCCGGCACGGGCGCAACUGGGGGGGCCCCGACUUCGAGCGGGUGCGUUGUGGCCUCGAGCAGGACCGGCAGGGCCGCCGGGCCGGCCUGGGUGGCGCUGGGGACAUGACGCUCUCCAUGACGGGCCGAGAGCGGUCCGAGUACCUGCGCUGGAAGCAGGAGCGGGAGAAGAUCGACCAGGAGCGGCUGCAGCGGCACCGCAAGCCCACCGGCCAGUGGCGGAGGGAGUGGGAUGCUGAGAAGACUGAUGGCAUGUUCAAGGAUGGCCCAGCUGUGGCCCUGGAACCAUCCCACCGCUACGAUGACCAGGCCUGGGCCCGGCCUCCCAAGCCCCCCACUUUCAGGGAGUUCCUGUCCCAGCACAAAACUGAGGUCAGCCGCAGAAAGAGGAAGAGCGGCCGACCCCAGGCCAAGGCAGCUCCCCGUGCCUACAGUGACCACGAUGACCGCUGGGAGACGCAGGAGGCAGUGUCCGCAGCCCCUGAGCCCACACAGCCCGCUACCCCUGAGGAGGUGCCCACGCAGCCUCCCGAGAGCCCGGCCCCUGCCCAUCGGCCUCCCGAGGACGAGGGUGAGGAGGGCGAGGGCGGGGAGGGCGAGGGUGAGGAUGGGGAGGGCGAGGAGUGGGAAGACAUGAGUGAGGAUGCGGAGGAGGAGGAGAUCGAGGAAGAAGAAGAGGCUGACGAGGAGGGAGAAGAACCUGCCCGAGACCACCGACCCCACGAGGCUGAGCCCAGCGGGAGCCCCACCGGGAGCCCCACCGGAAGCCCCACCGGGGAACGUGGCGACGAAGAGCCCGCUAGGCCGGAGGAGCCUCUGCUGCUCCCCCAGGCCCCUGCCACGCCUUCCAGCCCCUUCUCGCCCACCGGGGGCCACCAGCCUGUGUCCGACUGGGGAGAAGAGAUGGAGCUGAAUUCUCCCCGGACCGCCCAUCCGGCUGACGCCCUCUCUCCGGGAGGUGACCAGCCAGCCCCUGCCUCCUUGAAGAGUGGGCCCAGCCUCCCAAGAAUCCAGAAAGCUGAAGAGGAGGGGUCUGAGGCAGCUCCAGAGGCGGACCCUGAGGGCCGGGAGACGGCGGAGAUCACCGACUUCCAGAGGGCCUCCCCGAAUUCCUGAAGACGCUGCUGGGAGGGGACUGAAGCUUCCCCGCCUUGAUGGGGAGGGGGAGGCAGGAGGGGCUUAGUCUGGAUCUCCGGGCUGUGCUCUCUCCUCCCCGGAGCCCACUCCAUGGUUUUA